AUGGACUCAAACCACCGUGCUAGGUUUUGCUUCUAUCUUGACAUUCUUAUCUCUAUUUUGGGCCUUUCUUAUUACUGUAUCUUGUAUCCCUUUAAGGCUUCCAGCACGCUGCGCCUUUUCAAGUGUCAAACCAAAGCUAAUCAGUGGUAUUUACUUACUAUGACCCCACCAGACCUGGAUCUCUGCAGCCUCAUCACCAUCUCAGAUCACCUUAUUCUGAUCCUGUUAGAAGAACAAAGAUCUUCAAGACAAUAUACCAUCGCAGGUCAUUUGCAUGUGUUGAGCACUAUCUAUUCUCAGCCUUCAGUAACUGUACCACCUGAGAAACAUCCAACUCAAGAUUAUCCAAACAAUACACCCACGAAACCUACUGUACCUCUCGCACCUGCUCCUAGGGUUGGCUCCAGUAAAAGGCCAGCAUCAUGCAUGCAGGAUAAGGUUAAUGACUGGGAUAAUGUCUCACCCAUGGGUCUAUCCAUGCAUUCAUCAAUCAACAUCCCUUACGCCCACUACGCCAUAAUCUAUCUCAAUAACAUAGGCAGACUUAAGGUGAUGGAAUCUCCGUCUAUCCAGGAGAAAAAUAAAACUAUUUUCACAACCGAAGUCUGUGAAAGAUUUUUAGAAAUCCUUAGUGCCAAGGUAGGAUAUCAACCGCCCAUGGUUCAAAGGUUAUCAGCUGCAGGUGCUACAGCAUAUAGUUAUGAUCCUCAACAACCGCUUAGUAACUUAAAUUCUCUAGCCAACUCUAUGUAUGGUGUGCCGCCAUCUAUCCCAUUCUCAGUCCCCGUUGAGGAAAUGCCCUCUUAUGGAUCAGUGCACAUGGUCAGGCUCAAGAUUAGUGAUACUCCUAGAGUUGCAAAGGCAUUCAUUAAGUUCAUUAAGCCAGGAAAGCAGGUCAAGCACCCCUAUAAUAGAGGUAAACCCCCUGCAGGAGCCCGUCCUGCUUUGCUGACAGACUUAGAAUACCUAUCUCUGUUAAUUCAUAUCAUCUGUAAGCUUAGAAGAUUCGGCAUCACUAUAGAUCAAUUACAGGAAAUUGCCCAUGACUGCAAGCAGCGGCUCAGCGACCCUAACAAACUCCAAAUCUUGGAUGAGGUCUUUGAAGUGAGAAGGAUUAAAGAAUGCUAUAAAAGAGGAGAAGUUAAUGCCAAUAAGAUUGUAUAUAUUAAAGAGAAGGAUGGCGACUCCAAUGUGGAUCUAGACCAGAAGCAUGAGCAAGAAGAUGAUAAUGCGGAUGAGGUACUUCCUAUUCUCUACUCUAAGAUAAACUCAACCAGCCUGAUGUUAAGCUCAGUUAAGCACAUAGGCAUGUGGCUGAGCUUUAGUAAGACACCCCAGGAUAAUCAGACUUUCUUUCCCACGACCUCUAAAACACCUGUAAUAACAGCACUUGUCAGCCCCAAUGAGACACCUGCUGCUUUUAAUUAUAUAACACAGGCGCCCAUCACCUCCUCCACCCUAGAUACUUCACCCAGUCACGCCAUGUCUCAGGCUACUAUGUUAUAUCAGCUUCCUAGGUCCCUGACCUCUCAUCCCCAGGAAAUGCCUCACAUAGCUCACAGCCUGCCGAACCUGCCUUAA